CUGUCAUUCCCGAGCGGAUUGUUUGUUGUCAAAAUGGAGUUCUUACUUGGAAAUCCGUACAGCACUCCCGUGGGCCAAUGUAUAGAGAGGGCCACAGACGGAGGCCUGCAGAAUGAGGACUGGACCCUCAACAUGGAGAUCUGCGAUAUCAUAAACGAGACAGACGAGGGGCCAAAAGAUGCCAUGCGGGCACUGAAGAAGAGACUCUGUGGCAACAAGAACUACAGAGAAGUGAUGCUGGCGCUAACAGUAUUGGAGACUUGUGUGAAAAACUGCGGUCACAGGUUUCAUAUCCAGGUAGCCAACAGAGAUUUCAUCGACGGAGUGCUGGUCAAAAUCAUCUCCCCCAAAAACAAUCCUCCGACCAUCGUACAAGACAAAGUGCUGUCGCUCAUACAGGCCUGGGCUGAUGCCUUCAGGAGCAGCCCCGAUCUAACUGGUGUGGUCCACAUUUAUGAGGAGCUGAAGAGGAAAGGCAUUGAGUUCCCAAUGGCAGACCUGGAUGCCUUGUCUCCCAUCCACACACCACAGAGGGGUACACCAGAGGUGGACCCAGCUAUGAUCAAGUACCUAGCCCCUUCUUCACCUGCCGUCGGGACUCCUAAACCAGCUCCGACGCCUGCCCCUGCCGCACCGGCCUCCAACAUGCCCAGCCCCAUCACAGCAACCCCUGAACAGAUCGCCCGGCUGCGCAGCGAGCUGGACGUAGUGAGAGGAAACACCAAAGUCAUGUCGGAGAUGCUAACAGAGAUGGUCCCUGGACAAGAAGAUGCCUCUGACCUGGAACUGCUUCAGGAGCUGAACAGAACAUGCAGGGCCAUGCAGCAGAGAGUGGUCGAGCUGAUUUCACGCGUCUCCAACGAAGAAGUGACCGAGGAGCUGCUACAUGUCAAUGACGACCUCAACAAUAUUUUCCUCCGAUAUGAGAGGUACGAGAGGUACAGGUCGGGUAGAGCCGCUCAGAACAACGGGAUGUUGAAUGAGGCAACAGAGGACAACUUGAUAGACUUGGGCCCUGGCUCCCCUGCCGUGGUGACUCCCAGGAUCACCUCCAGCCCUCCAGCCCACUCCCCCGCCGGGGCCACUGCCUCCCCAGCCCAUAACCCCACUACAGCCUCGCUAUCAUCUGCACUAGCUAGUAUUGAUGUAGCUUCCGACAGCGUGAGCAGUACCCUGUCCUCUCUUCCAGGCCCCAGCCAGGAUGACUUUGACAUGUUUGCCCAGACCAGGACCAGCUCUCUGGCUGACCAGCGCAAAAAUGUAAAGUAUGAGGACCCUCAGGCUCUGGGCGGCCUGGCCUCGGCUUUGGAUGUGAGACAACAGAACGCAGGAGGGCUGAGGGUAAAAGGGGAUGAUAACCCAGCAGAUCAGGAGCUGCCCAUAGACAGCUGGCUUAUUACCCAAGGAAUGAUCCCCGUAUCGCAGUCCUCUGUCAUGGAUGACAUAGAGGAGUGGCUCUGUGCUGACGUGAAAGGGGAUGCUGCCGAGGAAGGGGUGACCAGUGAAGAGUUUGAUAAGUUCCUGGAGGAGCGAGCGAAGGCAUCAGACUCUCUGCCAUCUCCCCCCGGAGCUAACCCCGCUCACUCUGCUCGCGCCCCCGGUGGCUCCCACAAGAAGGCCGAACGGACGGAGGAUGCCCUCUUUGCCUUGUAGACUGUUCUCAGAGAACCUCCAUCUCUCUCCAGGGGCAUCUAAAGGUCCUCGCCCUAAAUGAUUUCUCCCAAAACGGUCCUUCCAGUCCCAUUUCAUCGCUGACUGGCAGUGGCGUAGCAAGUGGUCUCCACCUCCUUGUCAUUCUCUUCGCACAGUGUUGCUCUAAAUAUGCAGAGGUCCAACAUGUUUACUGGCGCACACCUGUGUUGCGUUCUACUAUAUAUGGAUGUAUUAAUCUGUUAGUGUGGGAUGUAGUACUUGCAGCCCUGCAUCUCAUUUCUAAAGGCUCCACCAAAGGAAGACAAUGUGUCUGAUGGGGUUGAAAAACGUGGUAUAUUACUGCGAGAUGAAUGGAAGAACUUCACUGCAGGUCCAUGCAUUGAGUCAGUGUGGAAGCAACUAGGAUUAUAUUGUGUUGUUUUACUACAUUCAGCUAAUUGCUAAUUUAUGCAUUUGUUGUUUUAAUGGUUUGUUCUGUACUAUGUACUAGCGCUGUGGUUAUGGUUGAGCCAUCCAAUGUUUUUUAGAGCUCUAGUCAUGCCCUUAAUACUGAGAUAUGUGUGGAACGGCAACAGGUUUUAUUGCACAACUUGCCUGAAGCAGUGUGAACUCAUGUUAGCAGGCUAAUUUUGUUAACUAGAAAUUUAAUAGCUAAAUCAUAGCUAAUUUUAAUGAGUGUACGCCAGCAUUCCUUUAACCAAAGGGAAUUAAAAGUCUAAAAAAGCACUAGUUAGGAUUCUGUUAUGUAUUUCAAAUGGCUGAGGGGAAGGAACGUGCCCAUGGAAUAUUUCCCAUCAUUUCGAAAAAGCUACGACAAAUUAGCUGCUCUUGCAAAAUUGCAAACCCUUUCAGCCAUUCCAAAGAAUAUUAAGGCUUUAAUGACCAGCUAGCACUGAAUUAUCCCUGUCAGACAAUAAUCACGUGCUACAAAUGUUAAGGGAUCAUGAACAUUUUCCUUCCCCUGCUGUGUUAAUGUGUGUGCACUUUGAAGCAAAAACAAAUCUGUAUUUUGUCCUUUUUGUGUUUACAAGAUGGUUACUAUUUUUCUAGGGGACGGGAAAUGAUCUUUAGAUUGACUUCAUUUUGCACAUAACUUUUGUAACUGUGUAAUUGCAGCGCUUGUUCACAUAGAAGUGGAUCGAUGGACAGUCAGUGUUAGGAGUGCAAAAAAACUUUUAGGAAUAUUAAAAAUAACAUGCAGAUUACAGCAAGAUAGAAUAUGGCAUUUUCAUUAUCAGCAUGACUCAGCACUGGCACCAUAAUCAACUAACAGACAAAACGUAUAGCUUACAAUGAUUCACUGUUGUAACGGAUGUAUUCACAUAGGUAGAUCUUCACUUACUCUAAACUAUGUAAUCUAUAUACCUCAAAAUACAGGAAUCUUAGUUUCUGUAUCUGGCUAAAAAUGUAUCAGCUCCAGUAAUAUCCAGAAGGUAGACAGGUUUGUGUAUCGUUUGAUCCCCUGAUUGUAUUUUUAUAGUCAAUGUAAAAAAGGAAAAAAGAAAAGUGUCCGUACCCUUCAUGAUUUAUCUUUUUGUGGUCGAGGCUGAAGCACACAGCAAACAAUUGUCUUUGAUUUGCGCAGUCAAAGACGUACUUUCGUCCAUGGUGUAUUUUUAUUCUGGUGUGAUUCAUCUGCUCCUGUUGGAGCCGCUGCCAAGCAUUUCUGUGAUUGACUGAUUUCAGCAAAGUAGCUCUGACUGGAGUUUGUCUUUGGUGUGCUUAAGAUCGCACCUUGAGGCAACAAAAGCAAUCCGGUCUUCAUUCCAGCUCCUUUGCCGAGCCUCUGGUUUGUUUUAACGUCGCUCUGCACUUGAAAGAUUUUCUUUUCGUCCAAUAAAGACCAAGAGCCUUGUCAAUCAAGGCAUCCCAAUGCAUCAACAGUACUUGUUGAAUUACCUGUCAGUAUAGGCCUUCCACUAGAGGGAAAUAUUCAUGAUUUGUUAUACAUUUGUUAACAUAAAUGCAAUGGUAAAAAAAUAUAUUUGUGUUUGCAUAAUCAUUAUGGUUAGAUAUUUAAAUGUUUUUUAGUUGAGGACAUUAAUGAGCUUUAACCUUUUUUUUUUUAAUGCUGUAUGGUUAUAUAGGUUUAAAAUGGAUGCCAGGUAACUGAAAUAAUAGUAUUAAAUUUACAAUCAACUUUCACCACGCAGGCUGAACAAAGACGAUUACUAAAAAUGUAACAGGAGAUCCUUUAAAAGGGAACUUGAGUCAUUUUCUGUUUGUAUGUUACGACAGUGUAUUAUGUUAACUGCUUUUAUGGAGCUUACGUCCUGACUGCAACAUGUAUUCCUCUGAUUUUUAUCUUAUCUCAAAAAGGUUACUGAAUGUCUUUUAAUACCGAUGAAGCAGAGCAUUUGGCUGUUGUUUAGUGGACAUGGAAGAGAGGCUUGUUUUCUGUUGGUGCGUGUCCCAUGUCUGUUCGGCUGUGCUGUCUGCUGCCAUUACUAAUGGUCAGAUUUUCGUUUGACCUAAUGCACGUUAUGUUACUGCCCAAUAAAACACUAGCAAUGUGUGACCUCUA